GUAAGUACUUCCUGAAGCGUCGUCAUCCCUGUCAGAGGAACGGAGCUGUGCUCUCCGGGUUGAAAACAAGCAGCGUCAACAAACCAUUUCGCAAAGAUGCGUUGGUUUGAGGGCUCGAUUCCCGAUGCCAUUAACAGCGCCAAACAACAGGGCUCCGUCUUUGUUGUUGUUAUUACAGGGGAAGACGAGCAGUCAGGCCAGCUGAUGUCCAGCUGGGAGGAUGGUGAAGUCUCAGAGGCGGCUCUGAACUGCUGUGUUGCCAUCAAAGUUGACGCCAAUAGUGACGCAUGUGCGCAGUUCUCCCAGAUCUAUCCAGUUGUGUGCAUACCCUCCAGCUUCUUCAUUGGCGUCAAUGGGAUCCCUCUGGAGGUCAUUGCUGGAAGCGUUUCUGCAGAAGAACUGAUGAAGAGAAUCAACAGAGUUAAUCAGAUGCACACUCAAGAGAUUGGAAGUGGGGCACUACCAUCAGUUGCAAGUGUGCCUGUUAGGACCGGCCCAUGUAACAACACAGAAGAACCUGCCCCAGCUCCAGCAGCGCACACCGAGUCAGCGUCAGCAGCCACAGAACCUGCAGCAGUGCCAGAAACAGCAAAGGUGGAUAGUAGCAGCUCUUCAGACACAGAGCCUGUUACGGAGAACGCAUCUUCACAUCACACUCAGCCUUCUGAGAAUGACGAGAACCUAGAGGCUAAGGUAGAAAGAUUGACCAAGAAGCUGGAGGAGAGAAGAGAGCAAAAGAAGAAAGGAGAAGAAGAGAGUGAGAUCAAAAAGGAAAUGGAGCGGCGGAAGCUGGGGAAAAACAUGCAGGACUUCAAGAGGAAACAGGAAGAAGACAAGACCAAGCGGCUCCUGGAGGAAAGAAACAGAGAGAAGGCAGAGGAGAAGGCUGCCAGAGAGAGGGUCAAACAGCAGAUUGCCAUGGACCGAGCUGAUAGACAAGCCCGCUAUGCCAAGACCCAGGAAGACGAUAAGGCUGCCAAGCAGGCCCUACUGCAGGCCAGAGAGGAAGAACAGAAGACCAGGAAGGAGGCAUUAGUCAGGGAGAGGAGUACCAUCGCAAGGAUACAGUUCCGCCUCCCAGAUGGCUCGUCCUUCACCAACCAGUUCCCCGCUCUCAGCAGAUUGCAGGAAGUUCAAGACUAUGCUGUUCAGGAAGUGGGAAACCGCUAUGUGAAGUUUACCUUGGCGACUAUGUUCCCUCGGCGAGAGUUCACCAGUGAAGACCUGAACAAGACUCUGCUGGAGCUGGAACUGACUCCAAGUGCUUCUGUUGUGCUUUUGCCAUCUGGUAGGCCGGCAAACACGGUCCAGUCGUCCGGGGGGAAUAUUUGGGCACUUCUGGGCUCGCUCCUCUACCCUCUGCUGGCUGUUUGGAGAUUCCUCAGCUCCUUCCUGUUUUCGAGUCCACCGCCUACUACAGCAGCAGCAGCAUCCAGAGGCCCGUCCCAGGAAUCCGGCUCUGUCAUCAACUCAGCAUCAUCCUCCAACAAAGCAAAGAGAGAAUCACUCUCCAAGCACACUUUAGAGAGUCGGACUAAGGACUUCAAGAAAGAUGGCCAAGUUUGUAGGCUGAGGACUCAGGAGGACAGCGAAGACGACAACAACACCUGGAAUGGGAACUCCACCCAGCAAAUGUAGAGAACUUCAAACCAGUGGAUCUCGCUUCCUUUCGCUGUCCUGCUGUUAAUUUGUUUAGUCUUAGAGAGAGAAGACUUGGGCCGCGUUCAGACCUUGCACUGCUGCUCCGUUUGUGGUUCUGAAACUGCGGCAGAGAUCCAUUACAGACAGCGGCCUUAAAAUAUUCUUCUACGCCCCGAAUGAUAUCGGUGUUUAUUUAUAGAGAGUGCACACAUGAGAUUGGAUCUGAAGAGCUGGCUGGGGACGCAUGUGAAGCUGCAUCAGUGUCAGGUGUGAACACAGGCCACUGGUGAUCAGACGGCCCAGGAUAUUAAUGCAAGGUCUGAACAAGGCCUAAGAUCUCUGCUCCAUUUUCAGCAGUUCUUUCUGUUUCCUUUUUCCUUUUACCGUGUCCUAGACUUACACCCCUGGACUGCUAUACUAUAUUAUUUUGUGUUUAUAAUGGCUGAGAUUGCAGCAGGUUGAAAAUCCUGUGACUAUGAAAGGCAACAACAACAUUUCUUUUGGGUUUUGAUCAUAGCUGAUUAUUCUUUAAUAUAUUCCUACUGGCUGAUGUGAUUAUUUCAAAUUCUGUGCAAGAAACAAACUGAAAGAUUUGACCUGAAGAUCUUGUAAUCUGAACCUCAUCAAGAGGAAUGUACAUGUUUUUCUUUAAGAAAUAUUCCAUCAAAAUGCUUGCAGCUGCUGGAGCUGCUAUAUUUCCGCCAAGAUGGAUGCACACCAGGAGCCCGUAUAGCUCAUCUGUUGAUGGGGUAUACUGUAAGCUGAGGUAACACCUUUAGAAUUUUAACACAAAGCUGGUUAUAUUUGUUUUUCCAAAGUCCUCGAUUGUGUUUUGGUUGUUAAAGAUUGCAUAGUCCUAACCUGAUGCCUGCUCCUUACAGGUGAAUAAACUUCUCCAGGCCAUCAUGUCGGUCACCAAUCAAUCUGUCACUUAGCAUUUGAAAAGCUGAUGGGUUAGAAUGGUUUGAACUAGGACUUGCAUGUGUUAAAAUGCAGCUGCAUGCUGAAUUAGACCAGACUGAUGUGUCAUAAUGAGCCACAGCUAAACUGUGCCUGAGCUUGGCUGCUUACACACAGUUUACCAAGUGACAUUCAGCCAGUCUCCUGUUUGAUCCCACCCCUACCACUCUGCUGUGUUCUUGUGGAGAUGAACACAUGGUAGGGUCUCUUGUUAUUGUCAAAAAUAAAGCAUUUGCUGACCCUCA